AAAAUCGAACUUCAACUUGCUUUAGUACUAAGUUCCUCAGUUCCAUUUCUUGUUUACUUCACAGCAUGAUUACCUUCACAAACAGAUAGAUUAAAAGCUAUUUUAAGAACUUGAGAUGAUAAACUCCAAGAGAAAGGCUGGAAAGAAGACGAAGACGAGCUCCAACUCAACCAAGAAAGAGCAAGGCUCUGUUUCCAGUACCCCAACAAGCACAGUGUCUGAUCAUGACAGAAUACCAGUGGUGACCAGUCUCCCCCCUGCUGUAGAUGGUCACCUUAGGUGUUUUUUAAGAGUGUCUGUGCCAAGAAUUCACUGGAUUGUUCAAAAGUAUCCAACAGAUGUCCAAGUACGACUCAGAUGGUGGGGAGAAGAUGGUGAUGGUGUACUGUUAAGACCUUUAGAUGACAAGGCAGAUGAACAGACAAAAAAUUACACAAGGCUGACAUGUGUAAGAUAUGCAGUAUGCAGUGGUCCAAGACAAUUUAGUGCAUAUUUAAAUGAUAUGGGAGCCCUGAUAUUUGAGGUAGUUCAUGGUCCAUCACUUAUAGUACUUGGCCGAGUGAGACUGGUUGAUGUCUCAACACUGUCAGCAAGCACUCCCAUCCAGGGCUUUUUUAAUGUUAUGUCUACAACAUUACCUAGUGAAAAGCUGGCUAUUUUGUACAUUACUCUGAGAUUUGAGUCAACAUCAGCAGCUUACAGCCAGCUGUCAUCUUCUCUGGUACCUACUGUAGACAUGGAAAUAGAUGCACAAAGACAGGCUAUUGAUGAGAGUGAUGCCAAGCCAACUCCUCCCCCAUCCCUGUUAAAUCCAGUUGAACCAAUCCCUCAUCCAAGACAGUGGGCAGAGGACAUGGAUCUCUUCAUGCCACCUGCAGUGCCUGCCAAGGGUGUGAAAUUUGCUCUCACUUCACCAGAGAGACUUGAAUACACUGCAGAACAAUCACUAAUUUCAACAUCAAGAACAGGCAAGAAACAAUCAGAUGAUCUCGGAACUAAAGUGAGAUCUAAAGAGCUGACCAAAUCAAGCGAACCACUUCACAUUGCCCACAGAGGUCAAAAUGAAUCUUCUGAUCUGAUUGGUGUGUUACUUCAUCGAGGGGAGAAGCUAAGGGAGGCAAUGGUAAUGUCGGCAGAUGAGGCCAACAAUGAAGACGAAGCUGGAGGAGCAAGUGUUGUUUUUGACAGGAAUGCACCAUCUGGCAAACUCCUUAAGGAAAUUCUUACUUCUACUGAAAUCAAGCAUGGACUUGUCAAGUCUGGAGGAGAAGAGGAUUCUGUAAUUGAGUCAGUAUUUUUACAUAAUAACAAAGCUGUGGACUUGCUUCUUGGUGAAGAUGAAAAGCUUUAUCUGGAUGAAUCACUCAACUCCUCCCCUGACAGUAGCAUAGUUAGUGAGCCAGGGGAUCCCCUACAUGAUGACACACUGUUGAAAGAUCUUUUUUACACCAACCCAAUAGUACAGUCAGAUACAGAUUCAGAUAAUACAGUUGUCACUGAUGAAGACAACUAUGAUGAUGGUAGUGUUGAUGAUGACAAAAGUGUACAAAAUCCCUUGCAAGAAGAUCAAUUUGAAAAGGUAUUAAGUGAAGCAAUAAGCAAGAAGAGAUCUCCAAAGACAGCAUCUAGAGACAUCAGUACAAGGAUUGGGAAGGAAGUGAAUCAUGUACAAAACCCUGGAGGAAAUGAUGAGCUUCCUAGUUUAGGUUACCUUGAUAAAAAACAGAGCAGUGCUGAUGACGCAAGUGAAGAUUCUAGAGACAGUGUACUUUGUAUGUCAAGUGAUUCAUUUACAUCAGCACCAUUGCAUGGGAAGCCACCAAGGAUAGAUCCUGAUGCCUUCAUUGAAAACCUUGGUCCUGAGAAACUUACUGCUCUGGGCAGAGUUGAUGCAGCACGUGUCAUGGUGGAUAGUCUUCAGAUUGCAAAUGAAACCAUUAAACCUGGAACAUUCUUUGUUGAGUAUAAUUUCCCAACCUCAACCCCAACACGUGGUCAAGACCAAGAUAUCACCAUGGCAACAGAAUUAACCAGAAUUGCUUCCAAGAGAAUUCAAGACAGAGUGGUGCUAUUUGGCCAUCGUUCUGUAUUCCCCUUGCUGUUUAAUUCUGUUGUUAUAGAUUACUGGUGGAGACUUCCUCUGACAUUCCGACUUUACUUCAGAGAGUCUAGACAAAGAAAACCAGUUGUUAUUGGAGUGGCAACAUUCCCUUUGAAGACAGUUCUUCAGUCUAACACUCUCAGCUCCUCUGCUUUGCUGCAAAUCAAAUUUGGUCUUCACUCUAAAGAAAAAGAAUCCUCUUACUCAUGGUCCUCUUUACAAGACUUCAGUGAAUCAUGUGGUCCUUUGUUGGUGAAAGUAGAGUUAAUGGCUGAUGGAAAGAAAGUUCAUCUGAAGACCAACAUGAAAAGAAAGCCUCCACUUCCAACUACAACAACACUCACUACCACUGAGCAUAUGCAUACUGCAAGACCUGCUUAUACUGUUGUAAAGAAUGUUGGGAAGGUCUCAGAUGUGGAACCUCUCGAGAUGAAAGAAAUUCUGAAGACAUCAAGUAAGCGUUCUCUCAAAGAUGGUAAUCUUGAAGAUGGUAUUCAGUACGACAGAGAUCCUUUAACUUUAUACAGCCUGCUAUGGAUACCUGAAGGAAAACAACUCACCCAACAAGGUUACCGUGUAAACCAAGAUACUCUGACUGGUCUUGUUGUUAAGAACAACCUUUACCUUAUGUGUCGAACUUUCUGGUGUGAAGAGGUGUCGAAAUCAAGGGUAUGUUGGGGUGAAUCAAAUCCAUCAUUUGGCUUCAAACAGGUUGCACCAGUGCUGUUAACAUCAAGUCUAUUGCAGCGAGUGUGUAAUAACUUUAUGGUUAUUGAAGUUUGGAACAGAAUUGGGCCACAAGACCAAGGAGACAAGUUAUUAGGGCUUGUGAAGUUACCUAUACACCAACUGUACCUGUCAUACAGGGACCACAAGAUCACAAAAACACUUCUCAAGUCCAAGUAUCCUGUGAUAGCAGUGGAUGAGUGGUGUCCCGUAACAAACCCAUUUUCUCAUACACACCAUGGCCAGCUAAGGGUUGUCCUUGCAAUGGGCUCAGAGAAUCAGAUUGGAGCCAUUUUGUCAAUGAAGUGUGGUGGGGAAGUUCCAUUUGGAAUGGAGCCACGCUCAGAUCAUCAUUUAGAUCUUCAAAGGCUCAGAGAUGGACAAGAAAGUCACAGUGCUCAAAUGUCAAGCAAUCAAGAACUCAUUGAACACCAGUUUGAGAUUGUGGUUGAAGAUGUCAGAGGUCUGUCUGUGUUUGGGAGCACUGUCUGGGGUGAAACAGACUGUUUUGUUCAAUACCACUUUCCAUUCCAGAGCCAAGUGGAACAUGAAUCUUCACUAAAUAGUGGAAUCUUUGAUCUUCAGCCUCAUCGUACUCCCACCACUCUGUGUUUACCUGAUCCAGUAUUUCAUGAUGCAGCAAGACAUACUUUCAAGCUUCCUUGUGGUUUUCCUGUUCAGAAACACUUACUGGCAGCUUUCACUGGCUCAAAAGUUGCUGUUCCUUCUGUCUCAGGGUGUGGUGGGGUGCCCUUUGAGUUGUGGAGAAGAUACUACUACCCAAACAUUAGAGACCAAAUGGUGGCCAAGGCAAGCCUGCCUCUUGCCAAGCUGUGUGCAAUGGUAACCAUGCAGAAACAAGGUGACACUAAUAUCCAGACAUUCUCCCUGCCACUGGCAGUUCUUUCUGGAGAUGAGAUGGAUGGUAUGCGACAGACUAGAGUACAAGACACUGGUUUGCUUGAUGUUACCGUCAAGUACAAACAAGUGAAAGUGGGGCUUGUAACAGAAAUACAGAAAGAGGAUGAUAGUCAUGUGUGUUUAUCAUUAAAAGUGUUCCGUGCUUGUGGACUACAGGCAGCAGCAGUUCUUCAUGCCAAAUCCAACCCCAGCCUGUCAUACCCUGCAGAGGUUGGUGUGAAUGCUUACUUAGUAAUCCAGUUCCCACUUGGAAAGAAGCACAAAUAUGUAACAAGGACUGUGGCACGGACAUUCAGCCCUGAGUUUUCAUAUAAUGCAGACAUCCUGUUGCUAUUACUUACACCAUCUGGUGUAAAUGGCAGAGGAAAUUUGAGUUUAGCUGAACAACUUGAAGAUUCUGAAGUGAUGUUUGAAGUUUGGCAUCAAAUGUCACGAGAGAGGAGGAGUGACCAUCUGGGUGCAUCAGAAACAGAGAAAAACUUUGGAAGUCAGAGGGAUGUAUUACUUGGAGUGGCUAGAGUACCACUUGUAAAACUUCUUGCUUACAACACAGGUGUGAAAGGAUGGUUCCCGAUACACUUGCCAGGGGAACAGGACACACAUGAUGCCUCACCACAUAAUGAGAUCAACAAGGUUGUUGGAGGGUUGGAACUUGGUAUUUCUUUCUCCAAAACAGAGGAUAGGGACCACAUCAUUCAUAUAUCGAGAGGACUUGGCUGGUCUCCACCACCUGAGGUAGAUUGUAAUGAAGUCUGGUUGGACAGAGAAGAGCCUUCUGUGAAUGAGCACUGGAUGUUUUGUUUAAAAAUCAGCUCAGCAUGGAUUCCUUUAUCAGAAUUAAAACCCUUUAGUGCUUCAGAAAAGAAUACAGAUAAGCCUAAGAUGAAAGGUUAUGCCAGAUAUAAACUCCACAAUAAAGCUCCCAUAUUCUCUAGAAUGUCCUCUGUGAAAGAUUGUGGUGAUGGUAAAUUAAUAUGUGAGCUGAAACACUCUAAAGAAAUAUUACUACCAGCGUCACACUCUUUUAGUUGGCACAUGAGGGAAGAGUCUUUGGAGAUCCAGCUAUGGCUUAGCAUUGGGAGGCAAACUGCAGACACAAACUCUAAAAAGAGGGAUAGAUUGGUUGGAUCAGCUUAUGUAGACAUGUCAUCUUUACUUGCCACCAACCAAAGGAAACAUAGGCAAAUAGGUGGCUUGUACCCACUGUUCAGAUCUGGGGCAAGUAAUCUGUUUGGUGGAUGUAUCCAUGUUCAGUCAUUUGUUAAGGUUGGAGAUAUCAGUGAUCAUGAGCCUUUAAGCUCUGCUGAAUCCAUCGAUGCUAGUUCUCUUCAUGAGGAUCAAACUACAGAUAGCAGGACAAAAAUUCCCUAUCAGGACCAGGUGUCAUCAGUUGAACCAAUGGUGCAGCAACAAUCCAACAGACAGCUGACAGUCACUGAAACUAGUGAUGAGACAUUCAUGGCCCAUGUCAUAAUUGAACAAGCGCUACACCUCCCUACUGUUCCUGGAACCAGUGAUAACAGAGUAAUGCCCAAUGUGUACGUGUCUUAUCAGACGCUAUCAUCAAUAUCCCCAGCUUCCACACCAGUUGUUGUGUGUUCAUCCAGUCCAAGAUGGGAGUAUCAGAAACUGGAGAGAAUCACUUACUCUUCAAUUAAAUUACAGGAUUUUCAGUUCAAGGUGUGGCAUACCUCAGAAGCUCAGAAAGGUCUAGACAGUAAAGAAUCAGAGUCUUUUGAACCUAAGAUAGACAGUUCUGGUGAGGACCGUUUGAUUGGGUCUGUGUCAUGUGACUUAUCACCACUGUUAGCUGGUAUGCGACAGCUCAUUGGCUGGUACAAUGUUAAUGAUUUCAAUGGAGACUGUCAAGGACAGAUUAAGGUUGGCAUUUCUCCUGUGAAUCCUCUCUCUCCCCCAAGAAGUUUCACAAGUUCAAGAAAAACACACAGCCAACUACCAAAGCAAGAUGCAACCUUUAUCACACCUGUGCCAAAGAGUCACAGAGCAAAUGGUUUUAAUUAUCAAACUCAGGGAGGUAAUCCUCUGUCAAGUCAGUUGCAAGGAUGUUCUGAAAAUGAAGGCUUUAGGAUGACAACAGAUGGAGAAACAGAAGCAGUCUCAAGUUGUUCUUCAUCUCUACUCUUUUCUCAACUAAGGCAUAAUAUGAAGGAACUAGACAUUCUUCAGCAAAAUUUAACUGUCAAAUUAAGAUCAAAUCCUGUCAGUGAUGAUGACAGCCACAAUCGGGAAGAUUUGUGGGCCACUCUCCACCCACAGUGCCUUUUUUCUGGUGGAGAUGAAACAGUAAGUUUUCCUUUAGAAUCUUCAAGAACAUUGAGAACUGAAAACAUGACUGGCAGUGGUAAUGUCUUGGAAGGAAAGUUGGCUGAAGCUGUAUUUAAAGAGAAUUGUGAUGAACAUAUGGGGUUGAAUGGCAAACACACGACUCAAGUCAGAAUUGAAGGUUACAUACUGCCCUCUCCAAAACUGACCCCAGAAUUGAAACAAAGCAGUAGCUUUGUUGAUAAUGAAAAAACUGCUCUAAGAACUGUAGAUAAUGUGCUGGAUAGUGGGGCAACAAUACCUAACUAUUGUGAACUUCAAGAACCUUCUGCAAAAUGUAGAGAGGAAUGUCUAGAACAUACUUCAGUUUUGGACAGUUUACCUGAUGAGGAGAACCAGUUAUCUGUUGCCAUAGAUUGCUGGCCACCUUUGAAAAGGGAACCUUCCCUCACUGAUAUUUCAGGAGACUUUUCAGUUAGUGGGUAUGUUCAGGACAACACUAAUGACACAAGGUUUGCUGAUUUGAAAGACAGCUGGCUCAGCAGUGAAGAAGAAGAAAACUCAGGUUUGAGCCAGGCUGAAAAGCCUGGCAUGUUAAAUGUACCUUCUGGAUUAAAAAGUAACAGACAUACAGCUGGUGAACUGGAGAGAAUUACUGUUACAAACUUUCAAAAGACAGAAAAUAAAGUGAGUGACCGGAAUGAUGAUCAUUCCAGUAUUUUUGGUGAUAGGGAUGAACAAAACAUGGAUGUUGAUGUGAUGUCAAGUGAAGCUGAAAGAAAACAGUCAGUUGAUGACAGCAUUAAGAGUAAUGAUAGUGGUGAAGAUUUCACUAGAUUAACCAGUAUUGAAUCAGAUUGGUGCAAGCUCUGAGUGACUGUUGCACAUUGGGUUUCAUAGUGUCAGGCAGUUAAAUUCCUAAUAGAACGAUACUAUUUGUCCCAUUUGUUUGGAAUGGCAAUGUGACAUUGGUGCUCUUCCUUUGUUCUUUGUUACAAAGAAGACUGGUAGAUAGAUUCAUUUGUAUGAACCAAAAGCAGAACUUUACCCCAGCAGUCCACAGUAGAUUUAAGGUCUAGAGAGACAAGAACCUGGUCCAAUGGAAUUCAUUUAUUUGUAAAUAUUUACUAGUGAUGGUUGAAUAAAUAUACCAUACAAACCUAGAAUA